AUGGCUCCAAGUCAAACUCAUCCUGCGACACUGGCACUUCAUGCCGACGACCCUCUGCAUCUGGUGACCGACGUCGCUCCACCGAUUCAUCUUUCGACCACCUUUCGCUUCCCAGACAACCCUGAUGACCUGAUUCCGUCUGUAGACCCAGUUGACGAGUUCACCGGCAAGAACUACGUCUAUUCCCGCGAAUUCGCGCCCAAUGCAACCCGCUUCGAAUCCAUCCUGACCAGUCUAAUCGGAGGACAUGCCGUGAGCUACGCCACCGGCCUCGCAGCUCUCACCGCAGCGCUGACUCUGCUGAACCCUCGACGUAUUGCUGUGGGACAAGGCUACCACGGCAGCCAUGAAGUCAUCGCCGUGAUCUCCCGCCUUUCGGGGCUGCAGAAGCUUGACUUAGACUGCCCUGCUGAGGGUUUGGAGAAAGGCGACGUCGUUCUUCUGGAGACGCCGAUUAACCCAUUAGGCACGGCCUUCAGCAUUGAAGCAUAUGCCAAGAAGGCGCACUCCCGCGGCGCAUACCUGAUUGUCGACAGCACAUUUGCGCCACCCGGCUUGCAGGAUCCCUUCCAGUGGGGAGCAGACCUGGUUCUGCACUCGGGAUCCAAGUACUUUGGCGGUCACAGCGACAUGCUGUGUGGCGUGCUCGCUACCAAGGACGACAAGUGGAAGAAGCAGCUAAUCGAGGAUCGCCUGGCCGUGGGCAACGUGAUCGGAAACCUGGAGGCCUGGUUGGGGGUGAGGAGUCUACGGACUCUGGAGGUCCGCGUGCAGCGUGCUAGCCAGACCUGCGGCAAGCUGGUCUCCUGGCUGGAUCAGGCCAUGAAGUCCGCCAAUCCCGCGCCCGGCAGCGAAGAGAGCGUUGUGCAGUCCGUGGUAGGCACAAUUUACCAUGCGAGCCUGCAGGAUGAGCCAUGGCUGCAGAAACAAAUGCCUAACGGGUUCGGCCCGGUUUUCGCGAUUGUGCUGAACAAGGAGGAUUUUGCGCGCACCCUGCCCAGCAAGCUGAGCUUCUUCCAGCAUGCGACCAGUCUAGGUAGUGUGGAGUCGCUGAUCGAGUGGCGCGCGCUUUCCGAUUCUCGCGUGGAUCGGAAAUUGCUGCGGAUCAGUGUUGGUCUGGAGCACUGGGAGGACUUGAAGAACGAUUUGCUGCAGGCUUUCAAGGUGUUGAUCGAUGCACAAAUCUAG